CCUACUCUUCUAGGAGAAGGGCUUGGGAACCAAGUCCCCUCCCCUCGAGGUGGACCUGUGUCUCCACUCUCCAGCAGGAAAUUCCAGGCUGGUGCAAGGUGACAGCAGCCGGUUAGUUGCGUAACCUGAUAAUGAUGGAACUGAGAUGCUGGGGAGGUGACUGGGGGUUACCCUCUGUGCAUCCUGAAUCCCUUGUUGUUCUGGCAUAUGCAAGAUUUGCUGGUGCUCCGCUGAAAGUGAAUCCUGUUGAUUACACAUGGGCAAGUCCAAAAGGUAUUGUGCCAAUCUUAAUAUCAGAAGAGAAUGUUAUUACACACCCAGCCAAGAUUCUGACUUUUUUUAGGAAACAGAAAUAUAAUGCAGAUUAUGUGCUAUCUGCAAAGGAGGGAUCUGAUACCCUGGCAUAUAUUGCACUACUUGAGGAGAAGCUGCUUCCUGCCUUGCUACAUACAUUUUGGGUUGAUACAGAAAAUUAUUCUAAUGUGACAAGACCAUGGUAUGCCUCGCGGACUCCAUUCCCACUAAAUUAUUACCUUCCUGGAAAGCUAUCUCGAGAAGCAGUGAACAGAAUUCUGGUCACAAAGGGGCAGCCACCUUUAUGCAGUUUAAAUGAAGUGGAAGCUCAGAUUUACAAGGAUGCCAAGGAAUGUCUGAAUCUUCUCUCUAACCGGUUGGGGACAUCACAGUUUUUCUUUGGGACUCUGCCUACAUCCCUGGAUGCUUAUGUGUUUGGUUUCGUAGCCCCUCUAUAUAAAGUUCAUCUUCCCAAAGUCCACUUGCAAGAACACCUGAAGCAGCUCUCUAACCUUUGCCAGUUUUGUGACAACAUCAUUGGAAGCUAUUUCAUGCAGAACAAUGCAGGUAUUUCUACUGUUGUCCAAGAAGCAAUAGAUGCAAAUCUUCAGAAGCUCACACAGCUUGUUAAUAAAGAAUCCAACCUAAUUGAAAAGAUGGAUGUUAAUCUCCGGAGAAGUCCUCAAAAUCGCCCUAAAAAACUAACAACCUUAAAGCCUUCGGCAACUACCGAAUAUGGAAAUUCCUCACAUAAUUUGACCACUUAAACAUUGUUAGCUUACACUUUGCUUCUAAGUGUCUCUGGCCUAACUUAAUUUACUAGUUGUGCACACUGCAAUGAUACAUUUGGACGUAUGCAUUGAUAUUGUGUGUAAUACACAGAAAACCAAUUGUUUGGUAUGAGUUUUUAUUUGGUUACUGUUUGGUUACUGUUCUUAACCAAAAGUCUUCAGGGAUUUGGAAGGUAUUGACAUUCAUGGAUAUAUAUAUAUAUAUAUAUAUAUAUAUAUAUAUAUAUAUAUAUAUAUAUAUAUAUAUUUGUGUGUAUGUAGUUCCUUUUUUUAACAUUUUCUGCUUUAUAAUAGGUAAAUCAUUUUUGUUUCCACAUUUUUAAAUAAUGGGUAAAUGGGAAAUCUUAGCACUGAUAUUGUAUCCCUUACAAAAUGCACACACUUGUUGUUAAACAGAAUUACCAAUGUACUGUAUUGGAGUUAAAUUAGUUUAUUCUGAUUAAAAUCACUCUUUUUGGUUUGCUUUUUAAUCUACUUUCAAGUGAUGGUAAACUUUCUUAUUUAUAAACAGAUCCAGAAUGUUAGAAAUAUAGUAGAUACAGUUUUAUUCAUCAGUUGUAACGAAGUUGUGCUUUAACUUUUCAAUGUAGCGCUGAAAUUUAAAUACCCCGCACUCUGGCCGGAUUUGUUUAUACAAAGGGGAAAGUUUACCAUCAGUUUCGGUCUUGUAGGGAUGUGCUCAAUGCGAUAGUCAUACAGGGCACCAACACAAGCAUUCAGACAUAGACUGUGGAGUCCUUUGUUUGUGAUGCUUUAAUCCACUGCUAUACUAUCAGCAUUAAACCAGAGGCAACUAUCCACAUUCCCAGUAUUACAGAAACCAAAGCUUUAUUAACAUUUCUUAAAAAUAACAGAAACCACUCUCUAAAACACAUUCUCUCUCUAGCACUCACACUUAUAUCUUUAUAUAAAUAAACCAUUCUUGUGAUAUUAAUCUUUAAUACUGUGUUAGCUCUUCUGCCACUAUUUGCAGCUAUUAUCAGUUUCUUUGGUGUUCUGUUUUAAUAUUAGUUCAUUAAUAUGGGCAUCACCUUGGUAAGCAUGACAGUGUAUGUAUAUAUCCCUUCCUGCAUAUGACCCUUCUAAGUACAGUUUCAAGAAGCUACUAAGAAAACUGGAAAGACUUUUUCCCUCCAAUUUAUAGGCAGAUGAGGGCCAGAAAACUUUAUUUCUAAGCGUAUUACUUGGCUUAAUAUCAGCUUUUAGAAGCCAGCGUUAAAUGUAUAUAUUGUGGUUUUCCUUGCAUACUUUUUCACUAUAUCGACCAGUUGAAUGUGUUUGCACUAAAGCAUGAAGCAGUUGGUGGAAAAGUCUUUUAGACCAUUGUUCUGUUACCUACACAGAGAUUUUCUACCAGUACAUUUUGUUUUUCACACUGAAAGAGGAAACAUUAAGACUGUUCAAGCUUGGCACACAUUUUUGAUUUGUGCUUAAAGGGACAUGAAACCCAAAACUUUUCUUUCAUGAUUCAGAUCAUCAAUUUUAAAGAACUUUCCAAUUUUCUUCUAUUAUCUAAUUUGCUUCAAUCUUUUGGUAUUGUUUGUUGAAGGAGCAGCAAUGCACUACUGGUAGCUAGCUGAAAGCCAAUGACACGAGGCAUACUGUAUAUGUGCAGACACCAAUCAGCAGCUUCUGAGCAUACAUAGGGACAUGGGUUUCAUGUCCCUUUAAGGGUUGUGGUCAAGCCCCGUUCUCCACUCUCUCCAAAUAGGUAUGAACUGACUAAAGCAGGAAGGGGUAUACGUGUGAUAGGGAUAGAGUUUCCCAACCCUUCAGAGGCAUUUUUAUCUUCUACCGGGGUCAUAGGCCAUCUAUCCACCAGUACUAAUAUAACUCUACUUUGAGGGUGAAGAUAUAGAUUUAAAUGUAUAUAAAUCUGUUGUUUGGCAUGAAAUAAACAUUUUUAAGGCAAA